UUCGCCCGGUGGCUUCCUCCUGGGCUCUGACCCUACCCAAUGUCCAGAAGCCCGUCCCUGAUCCUACCCGAGCUGCUGCCACCGCCUCCUGGAAUUACCGAUAUCCCCUAGCUAGCUGCGACCUGUCUGACUCCAUUCGGAAUCGUCUUCGGGGCGGCGCUAGGACCCGUCCAGCCCCGGGGCUCUCCCUGGCACUCUCUGACGUUGGCUAGAGACAGGCAGGCAUCUCGAGCUACAGGCGCUAAAUCGCCUCUGGACCGGAGCCGGCGCAGAAUCCCGCCGGGCCGGGCUCUGUACCGCCAUCGGAACCGGCCGCGCUCAGCCGCCGUUGCAACCCAGACCGGCGACUCGGGACUUGCAGGAAGCUGAUAAACUCUCACAAUGGGAGCUGUGGUACUUGAUGAUGGUCCAUCUGGAGUUAAAGCCCCAGAUGGUGGCUGGGGCUGGGCUGUUCUCUUUGGGUGCUUUGUCAUCACUGGAUUCUCCUACGCCUUUCCUAAGGCCAUGAGUGUCUUCUUCAAGGAGCUGAUCCGUGAAUUUGGUGUUGGAUAUAGUGACACAGCAUGGAUCUCCUCCAUUCUAUUGGCUAUGCUUUAUGGAACAGGUCCCCUGUGCAGUAUGUGUGUGAAUCGAUUUGGUUGCCGGCCUGUUAUGCUGGUUGGAGGCCUCUUCGCUUCAGCGGGGAUGAUAACUGCAUCCUUCUGUAAUAGCAUCAUCCAGGUCUAUGUUACUGUUGGUGUCAUUACUGGUUUGGGUCUUGCUCUCAACUUCCAGCCUUCACUCAUCAUGCUAAAUCGCUACUUUGACAAACGUCGCCCUUUGGCCAAUGGGCUUGCUGCAGCCGGAAGCCCUGUUUUUCUUUGUGCUCUUUCACCAUUGGGGCAGGUGCUGCAACAUCAAUAUGGAUGGCGAGGGGGAUUUCUGAUCCUGGGUGGGAUACUUUUGAACUGUUGUGUUUGUGGAGCUCUGAUGAGACCUCUGGAGCCACCUAAGAAAACUGAAGAUUUCACAGCAGUCACUGAGAAAAAACCCAAGAAAAAACUGCUGGAUUUCAGUGUCUUUAAAGAUCGAGGCUUCCUAAUCUACACGGUGGCUGCAUCCAUCAUGGUGCUGGGCUUGUUUGUUCCCCCGGUCUUUGUGGUGAGCUACGCUAAGGAUCUGAAAUACCCAGACACCAAAGCAGCUUUACUUCUGACCAUCCUUGGAUUCAUUGAUAUCUUUGCUCGACCGAUUUGUGGAAUAGUGGCUGGCUUGGAGUGGGUUAGGCCCCGCUGUGUCUACUUCUUUAGCUUUGCGAUGCUAUUUAAUGGCUUAACUGAUCUCAUAGGGUCACUGUCCAUCAAUUAUGCUGGCUUAGUGGUCUUCUGCAUUUUCUUUGGCAUUUCCUAUGGAAUGGUUGGCGCUCUUCAGUUUGAAGUACUCAUGGCUAUUGUUGGUACCCAGAAGUUUUCCAGUGCCAUUGGCUUGGUUCUUCUGAUGGAGGCAAUGGCUGUUCUAAUUGGACCACCAUCAGCAGGUAAACUCUUGGAUGCGACCCAUAAAUAUAUGUACGUUUUUAUUAUUGCUGGCGUUGAAGUUGUGACCUCGUCUAUUGUGCUGGCUGUAGGGAAUGUUUGUUGUAUUAAGAAAAAACCGGAGGAUGCACAAGCAAAAGAUGUAGCAGAAAGAGAGGUGUUAAACAAACACGCCGAAGACUCCAAAGUGGACUCUAUUGAGGUGGAACAGUUUCUGAAAAAGGAACCUGAAAACAAUGGGGAAGUUGUCACUAAUCCAGAAACAUGUGUGUGAACGUGACACAGAUUAAUGCCAGAUAUUUAGGAGAUUCAAGGAACUUCAACACUCUUAUUUAUUUUAGAAAUAGGACUAGCUUAGGGCUGGGCCAUCUGUUUGCCAAACUGGAGGCUAACCAGCUCAUGACAUCACUCUUUGGAUGCUGACUUUUAAAAAAAGAAAAGAAAAUCCUUUUCCUCUGCUUAAAACAGGACUGAUCUUCAAGUUAAGCUGCUUGGGCAUAACUACUGCUGUAAAUGAAACAAAUGGCCUUCCAAACACACGUAGAGGCCCCCGCUAUGCAUCACCAGAAAAAAAAAAUCUCACUUGGAUGAAAAUGUAUUUUAAAUAGAGAAGAAUUAUACAUAUACUUUCCUGUAACACGGAUGAAAUAGAUAUCUAUUUUUAUGUUGUGGAGCACCUCUGUGUAUCUUCUGUGUCUGUGUCUCCUUUAGGAGAAAUGACUUAGCAAGAUGAAAUCUCAGGGACUCUAGUCUCCAGUAGGUUUUUAAAAGCAUAGUUUUCCAGAUAUUUUUAGAUCAUUUGGCUCAGCCCUAAUCUAAUUUUGAUAUGUACAAUUGUCGAUGACUUUCAGUUUGUUAAUGUAUUUUAUGAGUUUGUCUUUUACGUGUCCUUUUUUACUGGAAAUAUGAUAUAUGUACCAAAAAGGCACUGAGAUUCUUCCUGGGAAACCUUAUAGUUUCUGCUCCUAAAUGGUGUGAAAAACAAAAUGAAAACGGUGUACAAUCCCAAGAGGCCAAUAGGGCAAGCUGCCAUAUAAGCUACCUAUUGACCCUUGAUUUUAAGUUCAGCCUCUUCCAAAUAUACCUUACUUUGGACAGCAUUUUGUACAGGUAAUUACUUCGAAUAGGCAGAUUCAAAGAACUUUGCCCCUAACAAUUGAUGGACGUUAACUUCUAGAAAGAAAUUAAACUGGAGGAGGGGAAACACCCAAGCCUUGUGUAGACAGGUGCUAGAGAAUUCGUUUUUAUAAAUGAAAACAUUGUGAAAUAAUGCUUUCCCAUUAUUUAAAUAUUAUGAGGAAUUUAUGGAGUUGGUAGCCCUGUUACUAAAUGGGAUGGAUUAAAGGAAGAAGUUCAGCAGCCAAGAGGACUGUUUGCUUUCUGCGCCUCACAUUCUUCUGAAAGAAACCCCUGGUUGCUAUCUUCUUUUUCCUCCCUUGGCUUGUAAUAGCCAGUGAAGCAGUGUUUGGAUGGUUGAAAGCGAAAGUGUAGUUGAGCCUGCCCUUAUGCAUUCAAUGGCAGGACUGCCAAGAAUUCACUUGGACAUUCAGUGGUAGGAUUUGCAGCUUCAAGAGUCUUUAAAAGGAAGGCUAGUAAUUUUAAGGGCUGGUUUAUACAAUCAGAAGUCUUAGAUUUGGAUGUGUCACAGCUGUAAAUUCUGAUCAAAUAAACCCUCUCCCUGUAAAGAAGUUUAUAUAUAACUUUGGUCCCCAACAGGAAUAAUUCCCAAUGACCUUUUUGUUUGUAGAAGGCAGUUUCUGUAUGCCAGAUAUACGGUAUGUACUUGGCUAUAGUUGAGAUGAAGGAUCGCCAACUAGCAUCUCAAGGACAGUAACAGAUCUGAAGCCUGUUGCUCUGCCACUCCAGUGCCCACAGGCUCAACAGGCAGGAAGGAGUAUGAUGAAGGCAGAAGUGUGAUGGCAUCUUCUAGUCAUGCACUAACCAUACAUAAAAGUUUCCAGGUUUUGCACAGAGCAGAGAAGCAGGGGCGGGGCGAGGGGAAACUGUGCCCUGCCGCAGCGUUGCCUGCCCCUGCCCCGGAAUGCUCCCGAAAUGCCCCGCCCCUGCCACAGCUCCGCCUAGGGCAUCGCCCCCUCAUCCCGUUUGCGCUACGCCACUGCAGAGAAGGAUAGCGCUACUCUCCAGCUCUCAUUGGAGCUACUUAGAAGAGGCAAAGGCAAUUCUGCCAUCAUGUCACCUUCCACUGUACUCCGAGCUGGCAGUGAUGUCACAUUCUCAUGAGGUCUGAGCACCCAAGCAGGAUGUUUCUGUGCAUGCAUGGGUAUUGUUUGUCUGGCUCCAGCCCCCAGAACUACUCCUCUGUAGUUAUCAUGCACAGUCAUCUUAUCCCACUCUUUUCCCACCCACCUGGAUCAAAUGUACUUGUUCCAAGAGAGGCUGUCAGAUACAGCUUUCUCUCUAUAAUUGUAGUUAUAUAUUACUAAGGCACGAAGUGGAAAAAUUGGACACUUUAAAUGGAGCAAAGUAAAAGCACUUUGCCUUUUACAGAGAACUUACAAAAGUUUAUUAAAUUGGAUUUUAUAUCUCCUCCUCUAAAAUAAACAGUACUUCAGGCUGGAUUACGCCUACAGAUUAUAAUGGUGGUUGUAGAUAUUCUUCUGUGCUCCAUUGUCACAAUGUUAUGGCUCUCUUGUAUGAAAAGUGCUUCAAAAAUAUUUCCCUGCAGGAAAUAUUGGGACUGCCCCAUAGAAAAAUAUUUGCGUCUUCUGCAGAUAUUUAUGUGCAAUGUACAUAUAAACAGAACAUACAUAUUUUGGGAACUCAGGUAGCUCCCAGCUUUAUCACAGGCAGCAUAUUUGCUUCUGUGAACAGUUGAUGAUCUUUGCACAGGUUUCACACAGUUUCUCCAUAGAUGCACUUUCAGUAUGAGGGCUCAGUAAUGUUUGAACUCACUCAGAGUUUUGUUUUUUGCCUAUUUCAGUUUAGAUUUUUUUUACUUUUUUUCAGGUUAUUGGUAGAGAUUAAUUAAAAAACUCUAAAUGUUUUAGUUUACCUUGUUAAUUAAAAACCCCAAACCAAAAUUAUUAUUAAAAACUGUACAUGAAAAAUGGCAAGGUUUCUCAUAUGCAUUUUUCACAUCACUCUAAUCAACAUUAAGUUGAAGAAGGAGUGUACUUGUUUCUUUUGAUAAAGCCAGGCAUAACGCAGAACUUAGGUUAAGCUUAACUUGAGUAUGGAAUGGUUUUUUGGAGGUAGACUGUUAAUAUGUAGGGCUAGGAUUAUGAGAAGGAAAUGGUUAAACUGAGUGGCAAAAUGAAGUGCCUGUUUGAUGAUCUGGUAUGGUAGGCUGCAGAGAUUGCAAAUGACUGUAGGGUGAGUCCACAUAUUUCCUGACAAAGAAGCAGAGAAGAAUAUUUACAGUCACCAUUAAAAUUUGUAGGUAUUAUCGAGCCAGAAGUGCUCUUUAAAUAGGGAAGAGAAAUUUAAAAACUCAUUUUGCGAGAGAGGGUCUGUUAGCUGCUUUUGAGGAAAAGGUCAGCUAAAAAUCCCAGUGGAGUCGUCAAAGCAAGUGGUUAUCAGCUGGGCCUCAACAAAGACUAUCAUUAGUAUACUCCUUAACUGACUGGUUAAUAACCAGUUAGAGAGAACUGAAUGGUGUAUAUCCACACUUAAUUUAACUAAAGUGUCUUUAAGGGCACAUGCCUGACUUCUCAGUAUUUUCUAAUUUGGUAUGAUCCUAAAAUAAUCAUCAUCUAUUUAUCUAAAAGCCCAAUGCACUCAUAGCACAGACAUCAAUAUCUGCCUUCUUUCAGCUGAAGCUCUAUUGCAUAAUAGCUGUUGCCUUUUUUACUUGGUUUUAAGGCUAUUAUACCACUUUUGCUACAUUUCACUGACUCCCAUGAGUAACCAUAGGGCUUACCCAACAGCCUGUAUCACCACCUAUACAUUUAGAAAACAAGGGAAAGGGGAACAAUUGAAGAGAGGAAGGAGGUAAUCUGGAUCAAUGGAAAUCUGGAUUAAUAGACAGCCUAUUUAUACUUUAUGAAAUGGAAUAAAUUCUAAAAACUGCAAAGUGAACCUUUGCUGACCAAAUAGGGUUUACUUGCCUCCUCCUGCCCUCUACUGUCCCAGGUGUCCUCUGCAGUGUACCUCCUGAGUGUCUGGGAAACCUCUGAAAUCCUGGAGGAAGUUGCACAAGGGUGCUGCACUGAAAGAUGUUCCUUUAACUGGCACAAGGGGCUUUCUGGACCCUGUGUUUUAUUUUGAACUGCUGUGAAUACCAGAACAACCUUAUUCCUCUUAUCUCCUGCAUCCAAGGCUUCUGAUAUGUUAUAGGAAAAGUACAAAUUUAAGCAGCUUAUGGAGCAAAGGGUCUCAAACAUCACAGUUCUAAAGGAGGGAAGGUAAUUAUCUUUUAGUGGGGCAAUUUCUGGAAACGCAUGCAAUGCAUGUAUUUCAGCUUCAAUGUUCUCUGUUUGGAAAAAGAACACUUACAUGUUUUUAUCCAAUAAAAAAGCAUCAAGACCCUCUGUCUCUUAUCAACUUUGACCACUUUUCCUGGGCUGACACUCUAUGUGGGGAAUUACAGUUAGUUUAAAAAUCUAUGCAUAAUAAACAGGUAAUAGUUCUUUUCCUAAUUUUAUAAUUGUGAAGAUGACAAGAUCCCUACCUCUAAGUACACUUCGAAAUAAGAUUUUUAUUUUGUAUAUGCUUUCUUGCCUACUGUCACAGGACGAUUGAUUAUUCUAUAGUUCAUUAUUCUCUCAUUCCCUUAAACAGAUUUUAUAUAAGAACUGUUAACAUAAUAUGUGUGAGUACAAAAUGUGCGUGGUACAAGAUGUACACAAAUGAAAAUGAACUGCAGCAGCUUUCACACCCACUCCUUGAUCCAGAGAUGUGACUGUGCCCAGUUAUGCACAUAAAGCUCUUGUAUGGAUUAAGGUCCCCAUUCAUUUUAAAGGAUGCUGUCAGUCUUCAUGUAUAAAAGAUACUCUACACAGAUCAGCAUGCCCCCCUCAAAUGAAUAGGGAGAACAUUUUGAGCAAGAGGAACUUUGGUUGGCCACUGAUACUCCCAUACACAAAUUGCUGCAUAUGGACAUCUCAAGUUUCUGUAGCAGACAGGGAGCCAGUAUGGGUUCUCUGCUUUCGUCCUAUAGAAAGCAAAAUUGCUGAAUGGUUUAUUGUCUUUUUGAAAACACAUUAGAUACAAAUAUAUAUUUUUAUUCAUUUGGAGCAUGAUCGAAAUCAACGGAACCAAAUAUAUUUAAAUGAUGCAGCAGACUUUUAAGGAGUCACUGAGAGCCUUGUGUUCUUUCUUUUCUCCCAAUACAGCUGCUGUUAACUCAUUGUCUAGGUCAUCACAUUGUGUGUGUGUGUGUGUGCGUGCAGCAGAUGUAGGACAGAUCAAUUCUGAGUUCACAAGCACCUCCUCCCCCACAACUUUGUUUAGAGAGUCUAUUAAAUUAUUUUCUUGGUUUAAGAAAAGGAACCACCUUCAGCCAGUAUCACCCUGUGGCUGAAGUGUUCACCUUGGUUCCUUCUCAAAGUGCAGCUGAUGCAGUAGCGCAAGGACAGUCAGGUGGUGGUGAUGAAAAAUUUCCAGGAGAACAAAGCUCUUGUGUGCUGUAGAUGUUGCUAUGUCCAGAAUGUGUCUGUUUCAACUGUGUGUCAAUAUAUGCCAGCUGAGUGUUUGCUUGAGGCAAGUGAAGUCACUUUUGUCCCUGUGUUCAUGUAAAUGCACUUUAAUGUAAUAAUGUGUGGAUGCUGUUGUAAUCAGGAUUUAUGCUUUUUCUAGUGGACUGCUGCUACCGUAAUGAAUAAAGUUAUUUAUCCUAUUGUCAAUAUUGUUACGUCAGGAAAGACGGCACAGAAAAUUAGUUCUGCUCCAACCAUAAAUUCUGGGAGUUGGGCAGAAUUAAAAGUGUGCUAAGAUCUCCCUGGCAUAUGCUUGACAUGCCAGGCCUCAAACGUAAAAUAUAUGAAGUCAAAAGAAAUUACCUCCGAGAAUGUGCAGAAUACAUGAUCCUUCUACAUAGGAAGUCUUCACAUGCCUAACAUUAGAAGGCAACACUUGCAGUUCAGAGAAUAGAAGUGAAAACGGGCCUUGGUAUCUUUAUUCCUAGAAAGUGUACGCUGGACUAAUGAGCCAUUUUUGCUUCUGAAUGGCCAAAUUUCAGAUUGCUGUGUUAUACUGUCAUGACAGAGAAAUAAAGAAUACUGGGAAAUAAA